AGAAAAGUAAAAUACAAGGAAAAACUAGACUCACAUCCAAAUCCCCUUGCAAGAAAACUUCUUCGAGUAUGCAGCCAGUUACAGUUCGAUCGGCGACGCGUGAAGACGUGUAAUUAUCGAGCUCCGCACAAAAUCAGUUGUUUUGAGUGAAGUGAACGCCUAAUAAAAUAAACUAAAUAAAUAAUCCGAAAGCGAAAGAGACGCUCUAUGCGAUGCAAGAUCGCUUAAAUAUAUAUAGUGAUUUGUUAUCGUAAAUAAUAAAACUAUGAGUCAGAACGACACUCGCUCUCAGCGUCAGCGUGAGCAAGACGAACGCCGGCUCUCAGUUCAACGCAACAACGCGUAUUUCUCCUACGUCUCACCGACAACCAACAAAUCAAAUCUUCUACCAACAAAUCAAGAAAGAGCGCGCUCUUGCUCUCCCGCUCUCUUAGCUCCGACAGAAGCCUCGCUACCUCCAACAACAACAGCUGGAGAUAUACCGACAGCCCGCUCUAUCUCGUCAUCGGCUGCACCCGCUCACGCUCUGACUGAGUCAGCGAAAGCAAAACCGCAAGUAAUAAACGGUUCUGCUGCACUACCAGCAAAACAAAAAGAAAACGUAAACAAAAAAGCUGGGUCGACCUGGCAGACUGGAAUGGACCGCUACAUUACAAUAAAGCGAAAGCUCAGCCCGGAAAAUUCAGAUUUGGAAAACAAGCCGAAAAAUACACGCGACAAUUCUACCUUGAUCAACAAUGUAGCCCCCGGAAAUACCAACAGAUUUGCCUUGCUGGCAGAUACCGCUGAGGACGUGCCGCUGGGAUCCGUUGAUAUCGAACCGAAGAAAACAAAGCCUCCACCAAUAUACAUCCGCGAGAAGAGCACAAGCGGUUUUGUAAAUGCUUUGAUUGGCAUGAUUGGAAAAGAAAGCUUUCAUAUAAUUCCCUUCGUAAGAGGUACUAUCAAUGAAAUCAAACUUCAAACGAAAACGGAGGACAACUACAGAAAAGUCACAAACUAUCUUACCGAACAAAAAAUAGGCUUCUACACCUACCAGCUUAAAAGCAGCAAGGGCCUGCAAGUAGUACUGAAGGGCAUUGAGUCUGAUGUUACGCCCGAAGAGAUAACUGAGGCGCUAAAGGAAAAGGGAUUUUACGCCAAAAGGGUGUUCAAUAUCUAAAACAGAAACAGGCAGCCCCAACCACUCUUUAAGAUUGAGCUUGAACCAGAAAACAAGCCUCCUAGAAAAAGCGAGGUUCACCCAAUUUACAAACUCCAGCUCCUUCUGCACCGUAGGAUCACAGUAGAAGAGCCGCACAAACGUAACGCUCCUGUACAAUGUACAAACUGCCAAGAGUAUGGCCACACGAGUGUACACUUCGCCCGGUGUGCGUAGUCUGUGGAGAUCUCCACGACUCCAAACACUGUCAAA